CCGCCCAGCUGGCCUCGCCUUUCCUCUCCCAGGGAGGCGAGAGGCAUCCGCGGGCGAGCUGGGCGCGUGGAGAGCCCGGGCUGCGGACGGCUGCUCGGCUAAGGUGCUGCUGUUGCUGCGGCGGCGGAAUCCCCAUGGAAGGUAAUCUCUCUCUCGAUCUCUGGAGUCUGCGAUCCCUUCUAGGCUUCCCCGGUUCUCAAUUCGGCCCGCUUUCGCCGCAGACGCGGAACUCGGUAGGAGAGGGUGUCUCUGAGCAUGUACAGAGUGCAUUUUUUAAUCUCCCGGGACUGGAGGAUUUGGGCGGGCGCGUCCGCUUGCUUGGGAAAAAAGGCUUUCCGAAUCGGAGGGCGGCUUUUCCCCGCUUCUCUUUCUACAGACUCGACACCGUCUGCCCUUGCUCCCCUCCCCCCCUUUUUUUAAUACAGCUUAGUUGAAAUAAGGUGACUUAAUAGCUUGCCUGUUCUGGCCCAUCCGCCUCAUGUUGUCGCUCUGUUACUGUUUUAUUAAUUGGAUGGUUUUGAUACUUUUUAAUUUUUGUUUUGCUUAUUGCAUUUCUUAUGUGCUGUUGGAAGCAACUCUUGAUAUGGUGUUAGCAGAAAGGGUGGUCUGCUAAUAAAUAUAUCCUUCAAGGGCAUCCAUCUCAAGCGCCAAAAUCUGUUUACAAGGUAUAGGCCAGUCUAGAAGGGACAGCACGCAAGAGUCCUCUGAAUAUAUGCAAUUAUCUUUCCCCCCUGUAACCUCUCCAGCCAUAACUUGACUUGAAUCUCAUGUUUAGAAACUGCGCUCAGCCCAGCCCUUUUUUGUGCAUACCUUUCAGUAAACAUUCAGCUGAUAUUGCAGCAGUAGAGAGGGUUGUCUUUGGAAGGCUGCUUCUUCCUGAGAUAGAUUCCCAUCUUCAGAGAGUUUUUGAGCACAGAUCCUGGCCAAAGGACCUCUUUAGGCUCUGUCUGCCACCAGUCAUGGUGCCUAUUUAAAGUAAUACUGCUUCUGUCCUUGGCCAGUAAUCCAAAGGUUUUGAGGGGGAAGUCUGUAAGUCUUUGAGGGGGGAGGAUAGCUCCCCCCCGGCACUUAAAAUCUUUUAAUAAUAAUAAUAAAUCACUGCUUCAGAUUCCUUCUUACUUUGAGGCUACAUGAGCACCGGAGACUUCUCUGUAGUGGCACCAGUGUUUUCAAAACACACACAAAAAACACCUCUCUACAGCUUCCUCACUUCUUACUUAAAACUACAACAAAAAACUUUUUAGUCUUUUAAACUUAGUGUCUUUCUCUUGUCCUUUAUAGAGAUGUUGUCAUUGUGCUGUUCCUUGCUGUUACAGGCUGUGGUGGUGUUGUUGUUGAUGUAUUAUUUUACAGUGUUAUUUUUUUAGUGUGUUAACUAUUUUUGAAACGAAUACAGAAAAAGUAGCAAGUAAAUGUUUUAAAAUAAACUAAGGGAAAGGAAAGUUACCAGCUAAUGUGGAUCUGCAAAUAGGCACGAUUCAGCUUCUCUGAAAACCAGUUUCUCCGGAUCGAUUGUCCUCUGUGUGAAUUCAGGUUUUCUGCGAAGGAGGUUUCUUUAGGGUUUGUGAAAGUGUUGCUUGAAUCAAGGAAUUUGAGAUGUUUAGCUGAGGGAUUACUUUGGCAUCUGAAGAGUCGACUCAAAAGCGUUACGGGUAGUUCACAAAAAAACAGUAAAUGUUCCAAUUUCCCCUGUUUAUUUGAUCAGCAUGUCUUUAACAAUACCUCCCCCCCCCAAAAAAAAAAUGCUGCAUCUUCAAGCAUUGCCCAUAGUGACGCAAAGUAUGUGCGCAUGGGUUUGCAUUUUGCAUUAACUGUAUCUCUGUGUCUUGUUGCCACAGUUCCACAACUGCUGUGAGCGGAAAAAUCAUCCGGCCACCGGCCAACGCUUCAAAGUUUGGCUGUGCUCCAGAGGACUAUGGGGAACCAGCUGGCCCCAGUGCCCCCAUUCAUGCCCCAUUUGCAGGCCCUGCACGUGGUGGUGGUUGGGCUGGAUGCAGCCGGCAAAACGUCGCUGCUGUACCGCUUGAAGUUCCAGGAGUUUGUCAAGAGCGCGCCCACGAAAGGCUUCAACAUGGAGAAGAUCCGGGUGCCGCUGGGCGGUUCGCGCGCCAUAACUUUCCAGGUGUGGGAUGUGGGCGGCCAGGAGAAGCUGCGCCCCCUCUGGAAAUCCUACAUGCGCCGCACGGAUGGCGUCGUGUUUGUGGUGGACUCUUCAGAGGCCGAGCGGCUGGAGGAGGCCCGCGUGGAGUUGCACAAGAUCGUCCGCUCCUCGGAAAACCAGGGCGUCCCCAUGUUGGUGCUGGCCAACAAGCAGGAUGUGGUCCAGGCCCUCUCCGUAGCCGAGGUGGAGAAGUUCCUGGGUCUGCCCGAACUCUGCGCCUCCACCUCGAACCACAUCCAGGGCUGCAGCGCUGUCAGUGGACAGGGCCUUCAGCAAGGCCUGGAAAAACUCUACGAAAUGAUUCUCAAGCGCAAAAAAGCCCUUCGCACCAGCAAGAAGAAGCGCUGACAAACUGGCGUGUGAGAUUAUCUCUGGGGGAUUCAGACAUUUUGCACCCGGACCGCAGUUUUUUGCCAGCCCGGGACAUUGUUUCGGAACAAUGCGAGGUUGCAAAUCAGACAGUUUCCUCUUUGGUGACUCUGCUUUUUGGACUGAUGAAUUGUGGAGCAUUUGUGCCCUUGUUUUUGUAUUUUUAUGUUGUGAACCACCCUGUGAUCUUCGGGUGGUGGGUAGUAUACAGACUGAAUAAAUAAUAGGGAUAAUACCUGCCAUGGGCAGUAAGAAAGCAUCUUGGCAGCCUGCCCUGCCCUGGAUUUCUCCCCCCGGGAGAAAGGGGGAAUUUUCCAAAGAGUUGGAGGUCCGUCAUGCGCCAACCGCAUUAUUUGUUUAUAUCUUUUCAGAAAGAAAGCAUAAUGUUUUCUGGGCUCCCCACCCCUGUUUUUCUGUUGUUGUUUUUUGUAGAAAACAAACCUUAAAUUAUUAAAAAAAAAACCCAUUCUUUUCAGAGUUGGGGACGAGGCAUUUAUGUCAUCUUUUGUGCACAGGGAUGAGGGAGGGUUUUGGCAUGCUAAGGAGAUGGACCAGAUGAUAAACAAGGGAAAAACGCAGAGCUGCUUGCUUGCAGUGUUAGAAACUGAGAUGGGAGGAGCUAAAGGGCACCUUGAACCUAUGUUAUGGGCGCAACAACGGGAUGUCUUACAACAAGAAUACAAAGCUGAAAAUGAAUGAACUGCAGCUAAAAUAUUAUGUUCUUUUUUCCCAUGGUCUAGUCCUUCCCCUGCCCACCCCCCUAAUAUUCUUAAGAGGGUCUCUUCUCCAGUCUUCAAAGAGUAGCUGGAUGUGGGGAGGCAGAAAAAGUCCUCCCUUCCUUCCACACUGCAGUUUCAAUCUGAAAUCUUAGGCUCAGCAACUGCUCACGCUAAUGAAAUUCCCUGUCGCAAAAUGCGCCCAGAACAAUGGGAGUUUCGAACGUGGCUUGCAUGAUGUUUAUAAAGAUUAUUUGUAAACAUCAUGCCUUCCUGGAACCGAAGGUAAUGCUUAAACCUCUGCAGGAAGAGAGGCUGGAGCUCAGGGCUUUUCAGGGCCUUUAGUUUUCUACCCACAAACCUCUGGAUACAUCCCUAUGAGUUGUUCCUGCUCUGUAGUGAAGACAGCCUUAUGCUGGAAGACAAGGACUCGUGAGUUCCUUUACAUGUCCCAGUGAUUAUCAUCAUUAGGUACCCACAGCUAGCUCCUCAGUAUCUGGGAAUGGGGACACCCAGGUUGUCACUUCUAGGGAGGCUCUGGGCGUAGCACUAUUCCUUUUGGAGAUGAAGGACUGGUUGCCGCGCUCCCAGUUUUCUCUUCUGGUGUUAGAGACUGCCUGCGUUGACUUGGAGAGGAGGAGGGGAGGGGUGCGUUUGACGCGAGGGGCUUUGCGUCGCUGUAAAAUUCCAUCUGCUUUUGCGCUGACUGUUUCCCCUGCCCCAGUUUUCCAUGAGCCUUAUAAAGGCCCAGAUCAACAUUGUUCGCUCAGGCUUUGUUUAGAUCAGAAGCAAUUUCCAGCUCCAGAGUUUGGCGCUUUCUCAACUAAGGACGUCUCUGAGCAUGCAAAUCUUCAUUUGAAUAUAACCAGAGGUAAUGGUUGCAAACAUUGCAGCUGAACAUUUAUCAGUACACUUGUCGGUGCAAUAAGGUGUCCGGUGAUGAUAAAAAAGAAAACCAUUCGCUGGUUUUCCUUUUUGCAUUUUCCUUCACUUCUAAAGCAGCAUUUUGCUCCAGACAUGCGCAUGCAUUGUGCUUUUCUUGCCAUAUGCUCCUCUUAACCCAGACCCCACAUAUCUAGGCUUAGGGGCGCAGAUCAGAGCAUUUAGGCAGGCCAGAGCAUCCAGCAGUUCUUGCCGCUUGUGGGUCUAACCUCCGCCAACAAAAUCAAACCGAUAACACGUUUGGGUAGCAGCUGUUGUGUCUCUGGGGUGACGUGGAGGCGGGUGGGAACUUGGCGCUGGCUCAGACACGCUGCUGGAAAAGUGGACAACUGUUUUUAGCCUGGCAAACAUGCUCAGCGAAAACACCAGAUUUCCGGACGGUCUGGCACCCCAAGCUCGUGUUUGUACGGUGAAGAUUUCUUCAGUUCUUAUUUUACAUGUCGACCCCUGCAUGUUCCCAUUGGGGAAGAGAUCGCUCCUUUGUUGGUGGAUGAGGAGGAAUUAAGUGUGGGCUUCCUUCGACAUGCAGUGGGGCAGCACCGUGUUUCUAGAGUCUGCUAAUCCUAACGUUCUGGCUGGAAUUUGGCAAGGAAGUCCACAUUUGUGGACAUGAGAACACAGGGACAGACGGUUAUUUUUUUCCUGGUAUCCAUUGGUGAAAAGGGCUCAUGCUUGCCAAUCCUCUCCUACAAAUCCCCCCCCCCCGGGCUAUUUUCUCUUUAGCUGGAAGUACUUCCAAUUUUUGGCUGGGUUUUUUGGGGGGUGGGAAUAAGCUGUGGACAUUGUCAAGAGGAGACGCUUAAUUCAUGUGCAUUUAAAGCCUACAUUUUUGAACACAUGCCGUAAGUUGCACAGAGCUGCUGAGGAAAUGUGUCGGACCCAUGAAUGUUCAGAGUGCCAGAAUGGAGCUUUUCAUGGAAUCAGAAUCACAGAAUUGUUGGAAGGGACUACAAGGGUCAUCUAGUCCAACCCCCUGCGAUGCAAGAAUCUUUUUGCCCACUGUAGGACUCGAACCCCUGUCCCUGAGAUUAAGCGUCUCAUGCUCUACCGACUGAUGCACAGAACUUUUAAUCAACACCGCUUGACCUUCUAAAGUAAAAUGACGGGGUUUGUGCGUUUUGGGGAUACCUGUAAUGUUUUCUGGUGCAAAAUCAAGGCUGUUGUUUUCCCUGUGAUGGGGGAGGCCUGUGCCACAACUUCCCUACUGGGACAAGCAGUUGUUGGGAAGGAAUUUGGACUGGGAAAACGCUAGCAGCAGGAAGGCACCCACAGCGCCACUCCAGUCAAAUAUAUCUCUCCCCCCAACCCAACCAAAAGAAAGCAUUUGAAACUUAAAAGUAAAAAAAUUAAAAAGCCAGGAUAGCAACUUGCAGGACUGCCAUGUAAUGUGUGGUUUGCCCUUGGAUCCGCGCCGGGUAGAGGAAGGAGCAGCAGCUCAGAUUACUCAGAGUUGAAGAGAAAGUCACUCUGCUGGUCUUCUGCCUUGUUGGGUGUUUUCACAUUCAAGAACUACCAUAUUUUUCACUCUAUAGGAUGCACCCGACCAUAGGACAGGGGGAGAACAAGAAAAAAUAAUUCUCCACCUCUCUGCUCAGCGCCCCUUCAGCGGGAACUCGCGCUGCACUCCAAAGGCUUCAGGCGGCUAUCCCUGAAGCCUGGAGAGCGAGAGGGGUCGGUGCGCACCAACCCCUCUCGUUCUCCAGGCUUCAGCGAAAGCAACGCGAAGCCUCCGGAGCGUGGAGGGAGGCUUCGCAUUGCUAUGGCUGAAGCCAAGGAGCCUGCAUUCGCCCCAUAGGAUGCACACACAUUUCCCCUUAAUUUUUGGAGGGGGAAAAGUGUGUCCUAUAGAGCGAAAAAUACGGUAACUUCUGGCACUCAGAACACAUCCUGUGGCUGAAGUCCUUUCUCGGAUCAAGCCCUUGGGUACGGCUGACUCCUUGGCCUACUAAAUGAGAAUUCAUCUGUUACCUUCCUGGACAAAAGCCACAGCAGCCAAACCGGCUGGGAACUGGUUUUAGGUUGGCGAUUUAAACAUAGCUCAAAGCAAUUAUUGCGAGAGCAGCGGGUACGAGAGGUACCAGAGUUCAUCCUUUGCCUAGAAAUCACAUCCUCUUACUUUCAAGUCGUUCUCCCACCUGAUGCAAAUGUGCUUUGUCCCUCAGAGAACGUGUGUUAUGAAGCAACUAAUAAAGAACGAAAGGGAGAGGUUGAG